GGCUCUGGCCUUUGAAAUCAGGCUGGUGGCCGUUGCCAUGCUUCUUUCUAGAAGCCACGGAACAUAUGAUGUCGCUACAUUCGUUGCGCGCGCGCUGUGAACAAGUUUCAUAACCUGUCAUACUCGUUAACUUUAACGAUUAAUAUCUCGCUUUACAAAGCGGAGCGACGAUUUUAACUUUCAUAUUUGGUUUCUACGUGUAAAAAUACACACAAUAUGAGUUAAGCCAAAUCGGAGGUUCUGUAGCAUGAUAUGCGAAGAUUACGUUCCUGAACCGUUAGCGACUCGUGAGUUACGCGCAGAACGACAAGAUAAAGGAAAUAACGCGGGUGGAAUUUCCAGAAAAUUGAUAGAAAAGCGUAUCACUUGUUAACAGACCGUAAGACUCAUACUGAGUCCGUGAAAGAUAGAAUAUUGUUCACGAUUUGACCAAAUGCAUCAUUAAAAUAAAUAUUAACAAUGGAAAAAUACUUGUCAAGAGAAGGCCAAAAAACGUUCCUCUGGGUCGGCUGCACAUGUAUUGGCGUCUAUAUAGCUUACAGAUAUUGGAGCAAGUGCAAACUCAAGGCAAUAAACAAAAGUUUCAAGGAGAUGUCUAAGAUUGUGGAUAAACCUCAAAAGAGAGUAGUCUUAUUGGGACUAAAAGGUGCUGGGAAAACUUUGUUAAUGAAUCAAAUAACUGUUUUAAAUGACAAUGACUUCAGUUAUACUAUACCACCACAGCCUACUGAAGGUUCUCUUAUUACCAGGUUAAAAAAUGAUCUAUGUUGCUAUAAUAUAUGGGAAGUUGGUGGCAUUGAUACAUUGGAUGAUGUAAGAACAUACUGGACAAUGUUUUUACAUAAUGUUAAUCUCGUAGUAUUUGUAGUAGAUGCUAAUGAUACAGAUAAGUUACCUGUUGUAGUCUCAUCAUUUAAAUUAUUGAUGGAUGAACCACAACUAAGCAAAAUACCAAUUCUAAUAGUUGCUAACAAACAGGAUUGUCCCAAUGUUUUAAAGCCAGAACAAAUUGAACAAGCUUUAGAUUUGUUGAGUUUAUCACACAAACACAAAAUAGAACUGAUUGCAUGCCAAACUAAACCAUUACCUUAUUUAUCAGAAGGAGAGACUAGAUAUAAAUGGUAUCAUAGUUCUGUAGUUUUGGUUAUGAAAAAAAUGUUUUCUAUGGCUGUACCUUGAAUCGGUCACAUUUCAUAAAGUAGGAUUGCCAUAUUCAAUAAAAGAUUAGGAGAUACAAAACUUCUACAGAAUAAAAACAAUUAUAACAAAUUAAGUAACUGAUUGUUACUAUGAUAUAUGGCCAUUUUUAUUUUAAUAAAUUUUUACUUUUAUAUAUUAAA